UAGAGAAUGAUGCCGAGGGUGUGUGGAGCCCUGACAUCGAGCAGAGCUUCCAGGAGGCCCUGGCCAUCUACCCACCCUGUGGCCGUAGGAAGAUCAUCCUCUCAGAUGAGGGCAAGAUGAAGAAAUGAGUUGAUUGCACGGUACAUCAAACUUCGCACAGGGAAAACGCGGACCAGGAAGCAGGUGUCUAGUCAUAUCCAGGUUCUAGCCCGACGGAAGGCCAGGGAGAUCCAGGUGAAGCUGAAGGUACGCUACGAUCAGGCUGCCAAAGACAAGGCCCUCCAGAGCAUGGCCACCAUGUCAUCAGCCCAGAUCAUAUCACCCACAGCCUUCCAGAACAAGAUGGCUCUCCAGGGCCUGUCUCGGCCAGCUUACCCCACUAGUGGUGGGUUUUGGCACGGGGCACUUCCAGCACAGCCAGGAAGCCAUGAAGACAUUAAGCCCUUUUCCCAACAGAGUUAUGCCAUGCAAGCGUCUGGCCCGGCCCCGAUAACAGUUUAUGAUAACACACAGGGGCUGUCCAUGUCUCCUGGUGCCCCCCCUUGGCAGGGUCGAAGUAUCGCCAGCUCCAAGCUGCGAAUGCUGGAGUUCUCCGCCUUCCUAGAGCAACCUCAAGACCCGGAGACCUUCAACAAGCACCUGUUUGUGCAUAUCGGCCAGUCCAAUCCGAGCUACAGCGACCCCUAUCUGGAGUCAGUGGACAUCAGGCAGAUCUAUGACAAGUUCCCAGAGAAGAAAGGGGGCCUGAAAGAGCUGUUUGACAAGGGGCCACCCAACGCUUUCUUUCUCGUCAAGUUCUGGGCGGACCUUAGUGUAAACCUGCAGGAUGACAGCAGCUUCUUUUAUGGUGUGUCCAGCCAGUACGAGAGCUCUGAGAACAUGAUUAUCACCUCAUCCACCAAGGUCUGUUCCUUUGGCAAACAGGUGGUGGAGAAAGUCGAGACGGAGUACGCGCGUUUCGAAAAUGGACGCUAUGUGUUUCGGAUCCACCGCUCUCCGUUGUGUGAAUACAUGAUCAACUUUAUCCACAAGCUUAAACACCUGCCGGAGAAGUACAUGAUGAACAGCGUACUGGAAAACUUCACUAUCUUACAGGUGGUGACUAACAGGGACACACUGGAGACCCUGCUGUGCAUAGCCUACGUCUUCGAGGUGUCCACUAGUGAGCACGGCGCGCAGCAUCAUAUUUACAGGCUAGUCAAAGACUGACACGGCCUCUCACUCUGAACUUACCAGUUCUAGACCCAUUGUAGCACACCGGUGAGCAACAACACUAAACAAUAGACUACUUCCUCCACAAGAUGAAAUCAUACGAGGCGGUCGGGAGCCUGGAGAAGCACAGGCUGUGAAGGUUUGUGCAGGAACACAACUACUGCUGAACAAGAGUUAGAUUUGGGACUGUGGAAGUUGAAACUGGCUGUGUGUGAAGAGGAGGACCACUGUGUACACUGUGGUUUCUAUGCCAAAGGAGCCAAACAUAGCCAAGAAGACCUGCAUGAGAGAGUUGUAAUUGGUGGUGUUUUUUUCCAUCUCAUUUUUACUAGCGCUUGUUUUUAAUUUAGAUUCUUUUACACACAUGCAUGUGCAGGGGAUGUUUGUGACAGAGAAGUCUGGCUGCCUCAGGGUGCCAUCUAGUGACUUAAAUAUAAAUAUAUAUAAAAAUGGGAAAAAUAAUAAAAGUAUACUAAGAAUCCCUUAUUUGCACAUCCAAAAGAAAAAAAAUCACUGUUUUUUGUGCCAAUGUUUUGUGUUACUGGAGCGAUUAUGUACAGUGCCACAACCUUCUCCUCUUAACAGAGUUACGUUGACAGGUGGCUAAAACGAUUUAAAAGAACUUGUAUUCACUUUGUUUGAUGUUGAAUGUUGAAUGUUUCUUGUCUUACUGUUUUUUGAUUGAAAACUGUCUGACUGCAACAAAAGGCACAUAAUAACACUGCUAACUUGAACCAGAUUUGGACUUGUAAGCCGAUUAUUGAAGCUGUCUGCAUCUGUAACUUGCCCUGAGGUGUCACAUGAAAAUACAAGUGUUUCUUACAUAA